UGUUUGCUGUGCUGUGUUUGCUGUGCUGUGGUCUGCGUGUGGUCAACAGCUUCGGCUAUUUAGGUUGCGCCAACGCGAAGACAAAGCCUUGAGUUGCUGGAGCGCUGCGCCAACGCACGUGUUGCUGACGAGUACACUCAGCAACUUCGAGCUCAAUUGUGCAGAUUCAUACACCCCACGCCACUACAGCCAGUCACGACGAUCGGACUUCGCCGCCCCGUGUGUUGGAUGCGACACUAGUCGUUCGAGUUGGAGAGCCGCUCGGGUAUUCGCGUGGAGGAUGGCGCAGAGAUUACGUUCGACCGUGAAGAAGGCUACGCUGUAUUCCGCGAGAUGUGCUUGGUGAAGUUUGCAGAGCUGGCUGCAAGCCCGGAGACAGCCAAGAAACGCAUCGAGCAGCACGGCAACAGCGAUAUAUAUCUCAAGCGUGCAAAUAAUGAUGGACAAUCCAAGUACGUGCGGCUGUCUGGGGACAAUUUCUGCUCAACACUUCAGCACCGCUGGAGAUUGCUGCAGCCCAGUGAGAGACUGGUAAGCAGCGCAUUUUGCUUCAAGGUGUUUCUGUAUGUUCGGAGCACGACACAGCCCCCGGUCAGUUUCAUCGUGCUACUGUAGCAAGGAUCCAG